CGUGGCUGGAGAGCUAAUGCUAACAGCUACAUCGUUGCAUUAUUAGUAACUGUUACUAACGCCGUUCCUGUCCUGUCAUAGAAACAGUAACUGUGUCGUUAAUAUGGACUUGUUGACACGGUUGUGAGAGAUAAUUACUUAUCAUUUAGAGCCGUUUUUCACAGUAAAACACGACAUAGUCGGUCAACUUUACACUGACAUUGAGUUCGAGACGACCCCCGGCAAUGUGGGAUUUGACAUUUUUCCAUGUCUCAUCCGCACUGAGCUUGCCAGCUAGUGGUGUGUGACCAGGAGGGAGAGGAAGGAGACAGCAGAGAGCAUGGAGGUGUCAGAUGGCUUGCUGCUGCAGGUCAGCAAUGGAGAGCAGUGGUGUAACCGCUGGAAACAUCCCAAUGAAGACUCGGACCGCAGCACCAGCCCUUCAGUCCUGCGUAAUGUCGCCAGCACGUGGAAGGAGGGUCUGCUGAACAGAAAGAGGCCCUUUGUGGGGCGCUGCUGUCACUCCUGUACACCACAGAGCUGGGAGAGACUGUUCAAUCCCAGUAUUCCAUCUCUGGGUCUGCGAAACGUCAUCUACAUAAACGAGACCCACACUAGACAGCGGGGCUGGCUGGCACGCAGACUGAGUUAUGUGCUUUUCGUUGUGGAGAGAGAUGUCCACAAGGACAUGUUCACCAGGAACGUGGUGGAUAACGUACUCAACAACAGCAGGGUGGAGGAUGCUAUUGUGACAGUAGCAACAGACUUGGAUGCUGCAGCCAGCCAGCCUGGUCAGGAGCACAAAGCUGUCAGCAAAGUAAAGCAGAAAGCCAGGGCCUUCCUCCAAGAGAUGGUUGCUAACAUUUCCCCAGCCUUUAUUAGGCUAACUGGUUGGGUGCUUUUGAGGCUGUUUAAUGGCUUCUUCUGGAGCAUCCAGAUCCACAAAGGACAGCUGGAAAUGGUGAAGAAAGCUGCUACAGAGCAAAAUGUGCCGAUGGUCUUCCUCCCAGUUCACAAAUCCCACAUCGACUACCUGCUCAUCACGUUGAUUCUGUUCUGUCAUAACAUCAAAGCCCCGCACAUCGCUGCUGGAAACAACUUAAGCAUCCCCAUCCUCAGCACCCUGAUCCGUAAACUUGGAGGUUUCUUCAUACGACGAAGAAUGGAAGAGUCUGCAGAUGGAAAGAAAGACAUUUUGUACCGAUCUCUUUUGCACGCAUACACAGAGGAAUUGUUGCGGCAGCAGCAGUUUUUGGAGGUCUUUCUGGAGGGGACUCGGUCGCGCAGUGGUAAGCCAUCUCCAGCACGUGCAGGCAUGCUGUCUAUCGUGGUUGACACAAUGUGCACGGGGGCCAUCGGAGACGUGCUGGUGGUGCCAGUUGGCAUCUCCUAUGACCGCAUUAUUGAGGGAAACUACAAUAGUGAGCAGCUGGGCAAGCCGAAGAAGAACGAAAGCUGGUGGGGAAUAGCAUGUGGUGUGUUCAGGAUGUUGAGGAAGAACUACGGUUGUGUCCGUGUUGAUUUCAACCAGCCCUUCUCCCUGAAGGAAUACUUGGACACCCAGAGAAGCCGUCAUAGUCCACCACCUGUAUCUCUGGAACAUGCUUUGAUGCCCACCAUUAUUUCUGCAGAGCCUGAUGCUCAGCUGUUUGAUGGACAGGAGGAAGAGCAGGUGAACAGAGAGCUGCCCGAGGACAUCUCUAGACGACAGCUUAUCAACAACCUGGCCAAGCACGUUCUCUUUACGGCCAAUAAAUCGUCAGCAAUCAUGUCGACCCACAUUGUGGCCUGUCUACUGCUGUAUAGACACAGACAGGGGGUGGUGUUGUCCAAGCUAGUGGAAGACUUCUUCAACAUGAAGGAGGAGAUCCUGUCACGAGACUUUGACUUGGGCUUUUCGGGGAACUCAGAGGACGUGGUCAUGCGUGCUCUCCACCUCCUGGGGAACUGCCUCAAUGUGACCAGCAGUUCUAAUCGCAAUGGAGAGUUUACCAUCGCACCUAGUCAAACUGUACCUGCGCUUUUUGAGCUCAACUUCUACAGCAACGGCCUUUUCCAUGUAUUCAUUUCUGAUGCAAUCAUUGCCUGUAGUGUCCUGUCGCUGCAGCGAGAGCUGGUCAUGGAAUCAGAGUCUGCUCGCCAGCCUGGCAAUCCCAGUAGUCAUCUUCUAAGUCAAGAGAGACUCAUCCGCAAGGCCGCUGGUCUCUCCCACUUCCUUAUCAAUGAGGUGGCUGUAGCACCACCUUGCCAGACUAUUUACCAGGUUUUCCAUGACACAGUAACCAGGCUGAUCCAGUAUGGAGUUCUUUAUGUGGCAGAGGAGGACCAGGAGGAACUGAGCCCAAGCCCCACAGAUGAGCCGUGGCCCAAAAAGUUUGCUGAGCCCCUUUCCUGGAGGAGUGACGAAGAGGAUGAGGACAGCGAUUUUGGAGAGGAGCAGAGAGAUCGCUACCUUAAGGUGAGUGUUUCUGCAGAGCACCAGGAGUUCUUUGUCUUCCUUCAGCGGCUGCUCAGCCCGGUGCUGGAGGCCUACAGCGGGGCUGCGAUCUUCGUCCACAGUCUGAGCCAGCCCAUGGUCGAGUCCGACUACACCCAGAGGCUCUUCAGAUACCUGCUCACACGCACAGAAAGAGGAGUGGCUGGUUAUGGUGAAAGUGCAACUCAUUAUCUGGUUAAGAACACCGUGAGGACUUUCAAGGAGCUCGGGGUCCUAAAGGAGAGGAGAGAAAACAAGGUGACAACUCUGGAGCUAAGCAGCACCUUUCUACCUCAGGAAAAUCGGAACAAACUCCUGCAGUACAUCUUAGGUUUCACUCUGCUGUGACCGCGACGCGCGUCACCCAGCUCGGACCCCAGGCUCCUUCCAAUAAAGGGCUUCUACUGGUUACUUCUAAACAGUCCCAGGUGCUACUCUGUGGAAAGCUUUACCAGGAAGUGCCUUCACGUAAAAGCAGCUAACUAUCAGCUGUAGUCGGAAGAGACUUGAAGCCAGUCUUCCCUUUCUUCUUCUUUUUUUUUUUUUCUUUUUGUUUCAGUCUCUGACUUCCUGUGUUAGAACCGCGCAGUUGAUUUAACAUGUGUAUUGAAGGGGUCCCUCUAGGAAUCGUUCGUUUGCAGGAGAAGUCAAAAGGUUUUAAUAUGGGAAAAAAAAAUUUAACCGUGCAGUCUGAACAAAGCAAAGCUGCCUUUUGUCUAUACAAGUGAACAAGUAAAAUAUGCAUAUAAAAUAACUGUAAACAUAACCAACAACAGAGGCAUUUUUAUGUUAACUCUUUGUGCUUGUUUAUAAAGUUGCCGUAUUCUCUCCAGUGCACUCUAAUAUCUUACAGUUUAAAAUGUGUUGCCUGUACAUAGAACGUAGAACAACUUCAUUUAUAGUGCACUGAAAUGAUUACACUCUGGUGUAAUUAAAGAGAAGAGUUCGCUGUACUCAGAGAGAUACAGUGCACCUGCAAAUUGUGUACAUAUCCAAGGUUUCAGUGGCAAAAUGUAUGAAUUUAAAUCUCCAUACGGUGAAGGUCAGUUAUUUCUAGUUGCUGUUUUUUUUUUUUUAGAUAAAAACAAUCAGUGUGCAGUUUGGCCCAUGAACAAUAUUUACUUAGCGAAUGCAAUAUGUACCUGUUGAAAGUCUGGCGUAGUCAAGGCCUAAAACAAUGUCCACCUACAGUUAAGUGCAUUCAAACCACUAAUAUCUAAGUGCAUUCACUUAAACUUUUCAUAUGAAAAGUGACUUUGAUCUCUUUUCUUUUUGCAGAACACCUCACUUUUCGAUGAAUGUUACACAGCACAGCACUUAAAGUAAUGAAUACCAGCCAUCACACCCACUUUUAUUCUAAUAACAACACGCUCAGACACUCUGUGACAUGCCUUUCAGGGAAAGCAGAUAUUUGGGAUUACCACCUCCUUUUUUUUUUCUUCUUCUAUCAUAAACACGCUGUAUAGCCUUUAUAGCAUUGCUGCUGAAAGAGCAAUAGUUGGGCAUUUGUGAGUUGAAAUUGCUGCAUAGUGUGGUAAAAUAGUGCAGUUCUUUUGAACAGUUGGCUAAUUAUGAGUGCAGUAUAGUGUUCUCUUUACAGACCUCUGUAAGGUCAAAAACAAACAGGAAACAGAAAAAAAUGCAGUCAUCCAAAACCUCCGGGUUAAAUUCUUCUUCUUUCAUGUUAGAUAUAGCAAUGGAAUUUUAAAUUCCAUCAUUAGUUACAUUCUUUAAUAAAAUCAAUCUUACACUGACUUAAAUUAUGAUAGAGUUUACUCUAGUAACUAGAUAUUACCUAUUCUUCUUAUUAUUAUUAUUGUUAUAGUUGCAUUUACACAUUUAAGUGUUUCAGUGUUGGAAUCAAAAAGUCAGAUUAUGCCUGACUGUGAAAUUUUAAAAACAUGAACAAAAAGCAGAGUGGCUGAAGUUAAAGUACGAUGGUGAAACAACACAGCAUUGUGCAUUUGGCUGUGAGUUUCUAAUUAUGUUGUAAAGUAACUUGAUAACACAAAGUCGAUCAAGUCAAUAUUUAGUGUGUCUUUCAGUUUCAGUUUGCAGUGAACAUGAAUAUAAACGUACACCGCUCCUCUUCUUGAUGGCAAGAAAAAGAGGAAGCAGCAAGUUUGAAAGGAAGCGUAAUGAAUUGCCAUCAUUAUUGAAUGAUCGUGAGGACAUUGUUGAUGCGUCAGGGCAAUACAAGAAUUGGGUCCUUUAAAUAAAUAUUUCUAUUGGGAAAUACGUGUGAUAGUUCAACACUUCUUGUUACAGGUCAUUGUAAUGUUUAUUUUUCAUAUUUUUCUAAACUUGUAAAUGAAAAAAAGUUACAUAUUGGUGAAAGACACCUAAAGCAUGUGGAAGAACAGAAGAGUAUGUUACUGCAACAAGAAUGUGCUCUGAGAGUGUCACGAGCUUUCUAGCAUUUCUGAGCCCUCGGUCUGUACAAGUCUCCUCACCAGGGGACCCAUCUGCCAUGAUACGUACUGUACUGCAUGUUUCCUCUGGUCGCCUUUAAUCAUCGGCACUUCAAUGUGAACUCUGCUCAACCUGAUAAUAAUGGUCUUUUACAGCCUUACCGCUGUGUAUGUCGUGUAAGUUGUGUUGAUGAAAGCGAGCUGUAUGUGUAGAAGAUUAAUUGUGUUACCUCUUGAAUGUUAUCUAAAAAGGUCAUUGUGGUAUUGUCGAAUACUCGAUGGACGUGGUACAGAUUUAUAGUUUUUAAUGAACUGCUUGUGGGAUACUGAAGCUGCAUUAACCACAUCCCACUACUCUGUAUAACGUAGGAUAAAUGCCUGUAUCUGGGAAGCAGGUGCCUUUUUAAUGCACUGUAGUAUUCUUUUCUUGUUUGUUUUUCUUGUUUUUUUUUUUUUGUGCAUGUUAAUAAUUUUGGGAAUCCAAAAGAACACUGUAGAUGGUAACUUGGAAAAAAAAAUUCACAAGUUGAGAGAACAUGUUAGGAUCACCAGCUACUAAAAAUAUGUCACUUUUCUUUUUGCUUUAUCAAAGCAAAGCACAAUUGGCAUUGUUAGAUUUAGUUUUUAAAUAAAUUAAUGAUAGAUUA